ACUCUUCUUACAAGAGACAAACACAAGUAUCAGUUUGACACGGUCACUGAGUCGUUGAAGCUUGACUCGACGACCCAACAUCUAAUCCAGCCGGCUCAUGCUGAUCAAGAUAAGCACAAAAUAGUUGCUAUAAUCUGUUUAAUUUGUUUGAACGUGAAUAAGUCUUCUUACCCAAGAUUCAAGGGAUCUCCGACGAAUUCCCUCCUUAUAUAUAGGAGCCUCGCAGGCUGCUUCUGCUUUGUCUUAGCUCACGACCCUUCGCCGCUCCAGGAUUUCUGCGUUGCUGAUCCUAAUGCUCCAGUAAUGGUAAAUGGUCAACCAUGCAAGAACCCCAUGCUAGUCCAAGCUGAUGACUUCUUAUUCCGUGACCCUAAUCACGGCAGCCGAGUUUCCUGGGCUCAACACUUUCGGCCUUGCAAUGGCGCGGGUGGACUAUGCCCCGGAGGACUUAACCCUCCCCACAUUCACCCUAGGGCGACCGAGCUCUUCACUCUCAUAGAAGGCUCAGUCUUAGUGGGAUUUGUCACUUCUAACCCCGAGAAUCGUCUUAUCUCCAAGGUCCUCCAAAAGGGUGAUGUAUUCGUCUUCCCCAAGGGUCUAGUUCAUUUCCAGGAAUGGAAAGGCAAUGGCGAUUUCGGUUUGAGCAGUCAAAAUCCGGGGAUCGUGCCGGCGGCAAAGACGGUUUUCGGAUCAAAUCCAAAGAUAGCCGUUGAUGUUCUGGCGAAGGCAUUCCAAGUUGAUAAGAAUGUUAUUGAUCAGCUUCAGUCCAACUUUUAUUUCCACACUUCGAGGUUUUACCCAGAGCCUCUUCUGGGAUUGGGUGAAAUUCAGGCCAAAAUCAGCGUGGAGAAACUAGCUACCUAUUCCAUUAUUUUGGUUCCACCAAGUAAUCUCCUGACCUCG